AUUAUUUUAUUUCAAUAUUCCACUAUUCGAUGCAUCAUACAAAGCUUGAUAUUAUAUAUAAAACUUUAUAAUUUUGCAAAUCAAAUCAAGUGGGUUGACAGAGUCACCUCUCGAGUGCAAAGGGUUAAAGCUCGGAUUAUGUAUUCACUUCGACGUACAAUAUUUACAAUGAAUUUUCUUUGAUAUCAUUCGGAAUAGCUUCGCCGAUUAAUGAAUUUCUCUCGGGACAGCGGCGUCCAUGAUUUACCCAGUCUGAGUCACGUUCACCCGCAUACUGUCAAUCGCAAAAUUAAUUUUGAUCGACUGAUUCAAAUGACGUUGCAGAUGGCAGUAUUAGCAUACAUCGAUGCUGAAUAAUUACGAGGGAUACCUAUCAUUCCUAAUUAAACAGCAGCUUCGAGAUAAAUGCCCUACGACAUAAACGGAGUGUCAUUUAUUUCAACGAUACAUAAACGUCGACCACGUGUUCUCUAUACGAGAAGAAAGUCACGCUUCGAAAGAUCCCCAUUACUGUUCGUUCAAGUUUUUACCAGCGCCAUAUGUUGCAUGAAAGUGGGGCGCAUGCUUCGUUACCACGGCUACGCGUCCACACAAUCGUACACAAACCGUGCCGACGCGAAAUAAAUGGCACGAGAAACUAAGAAUCUUCCACUAGAAACUAAGAUUUUCUCUUGUUACGUUCGACUUUUUCAAGAAUCCUCCAUCGAGGAAUCAUAUUAAACGUUUCCGAUUCAUCUCUUUUUAUUUUCUCGAAGCGAGUGAUGUCGGUCGACGGCGAAUUUUUCCUGUCGAUCACGGGUACCAUCGAGCACGCGGAAUUUUACGACGCGAACAAUGUCUACUGCAAGUAUGGAUUUCAUUUUGGCCCCGAAUGGACCGUAGUCGCCGGCAUCGAGGAAGGUCUGACGCAGAUGUGUAAGUGCAGCAGCGACCCGCGAAAUCUCGCCGUUUGGAAUUUCCCUCUAGAAAUCACGUUUAAAAGCACCAAUCCGCACGGAUGGCCGCAAUUAAUCAUGUCGGUUUACGGUAUGGACAUUUUCGGUCGUGACGUUAUCUGCGGAUAUGGAGUGUGCCAUUUGCCAUUGAGAACAGGUUACCAUGAGAAAAGGGUAUCGGUGUACGUACCAGAGUCUUCCUCGACGUUACAACGAUUCGCUGCCUGGUUGACCGGCCGAAGACCAGAGCUAAUUGAUCCAGCGAUAUUGGCCUCUAACAGCGGAAGAGAACUCACGCGCAUGAAAGUGGAGGGUAUUGUUACCGUAACGUUCAACGUGCUGCUGAAAGAUUUCUUCAAGUUGGGCUAUAACAAUGGCGACAAGCCAGAGAAAUAAUGAGAUUUAUCGUGUGCCACCGCUCCGUUAUUAACACCUGCACGAAACGACGAUGAAAACCCUUUGAUAAUUUCGAACAGACGUAAUAUACUGUGUACAGUAAUUAAC